AUGGCUUGGGUAAAAACUAAUUCCUUUCUCAAAGGUAGAAUAUUGAAACCUUUUUUACCAAAUGAAAGACAUCCUCAUUUGAGAAGUCCUCACUUUGAGAACUUGUAUCCAGGUGAUCAAGUAUAUAUCUUUGACAUUAGGGAUGAUAAGUGGGCAAGGGGAUAUUCAGUGGUGAGACCUUGGCCAAAUGAGUAUAUUGCCACCUCAUGCAAUUUGGAUGAGUUGCCGGUGCAAAACAUUAAGGUUGUGAUUUUCCCUUUAGAUUUUGUCAAGAUUACUGGCGAAAUACCAUACCCAGAAUUAGAAGUGAAUGAAGAGUUUAACAAUAUAGUAGAUGCAUCUGCUGUUACCACUCUUGCUGACUCGGAAAAGAAUCACAAGGAGGCAACCGAUGGUGUGCAAGAAGUUUCCACACCUCGGGUCCCACCCCUUCCAAGUAGUAUCAAUUCAAUCGACGACUUAAGUGAUGAAAUUAUGUACACUUUAGAAUUGCUUACUUCGCAUAUCUUUGCUUUGUAUUCUAUGGGAGAAUUCAGACUUUUCACUAAGUUGGUACUGAUUUAUCACGCUUUAAACGAGACUAGAAUCAAAUUGUUGCAUGAACUUUUGACAGAAGAUGAGGCACAAGUUGCAAGGGAAACUGUUGUUUAUUUGUUCAACAAGAUCCCCAAAUUGCUUGCAUCAAAAACAGCUAGAAUUAAUACAAAGUCGUAUGAUUUAGAGAACGAGGGAACUGACGUUUCAGGAUACAAGUCUGUUUUAGCUAGAGACGCUUACAAUGGACGUAUUCUUCAUUGGGGUAACUCCAGUCCUGCAAGGAUUGCAUUAAACAGUGAGUUGGGUGCUCUCGAUCCUAAUUUUCCAAUCAAAGUUCAUAACUAUGCUGAUAAGUAUUCAUUGAAACCACCAUUGGGCAAAAACUUUAGUCACGAACCACCAUCUCACAUCUUGGUUGAUUUCAAAUCUGUUUCAGGCUCUUCUGCCUAUCAACCUCCUGGGUUUGCUGGUACCAUUGCCUACAUGUAUCUCCGUAAUUCACACAAGCGUUUGACCGAGGCUUUUGCCGUUCACACAGAUUCUGUGGAUGACUUGGUGAAUGUCGAGAAGAUCAGUGCAGCUUUGUUUAGGAAUGUGCCAUCGAGUGAGAUUGUCAACAACAAAGUCUUUCUUGUCACUGUUUUGACUGAAGAGGUUGACUUGAACUUGAAAAACUCUCAAGCACCCCUGGUAAGAAGAGUUAAACGUGGUAUUGCAGCAGGAGUUGCGGAUAUCACAAGAAUUUUUUCUCGCAACACUGGAUCGUUGCAAUCGGGUGAGGCACAUCACUUCUCCAUUAAAUUGUAUGGAUCCUACAUGAAUAAGCGAGGAGAUGCGGUUGAUGGUGUCGAAAACAAUGGGUGGGGUGAACUUGUUGACAGAAUCAUCGCAGGUACUAGUCACGGAAUUGCUGUCAAUCCUAGAGCUGAAAAACUUGUGGUAACUGUGAAGGAGUUUAAGCACCAGUUCAGUGCUUCCAAUUCUGAUAUGAUUUCAAGCUCGACUCCUAUUGCUAGAAUCAAACCGAUCUUUUUUGAUCCAUUAGCUGAGAACUAUGAGCGUAUUUACUUGAAAAUGAACAGGGUCAAUUUGAUUAAAGGUGGAUCCAAAGACGACUUGUUGACUUUUGAAAUCAGUACACCCAACAACGAACUUAUUACAUUUGCUAAGGCAUCCAAUCAAUUGGAAAAGAAACAUUGGCAAUUCAUUUCCGUUUUCCCUGGUGAGUCAAUUGGUGAAAUUGUCAAGGUUAAUGGCGUCUCUUUGAAGAGUCCAACAAAGAAGCCAUUGCGCGAUGAUUACAUAUUAUUAUCCUUGUACGUGAACGGGGUUUUGGCUGGUGAAGGUAAACUUUUGUAUAAAUCUGGCAACAGGUUAGUUGAGUUCAACAAGACGAAACCUCACGUUGUCGAUAUACUUUCUACCUCUCAAAACGCCCCAAUUGCUCGCGUUGAGCUUAACACGGAAUAUGUGGGAAAGGUUUACAAUUCAGACAUUUCCAUAGACAACAUCUUCCAGUAUGAAAAGUACUUCAAAUUGGGACAAAAGGGACUUGAUGAAUUAUCAAACUCAUUGGUGGUAUUCUGCAAAUUAGAGCUCUCACAGUUGCUUAAGUACUUUAAUGAGCUCUUUUCGUCAUUGCUUGGAAUAGUGGAGAACUCAUCCAAUCACAGUGGACUGACCAUUGAAAUCUUAGAAGACAACACAUUUAAAGCAAUCACUUACUUGUUGGAUACUUUAUUCGGGAAGCAGGACGAAUACUUUCAUUUGAUUGAUGAUUUUAUGUCAAAGCACAUAUACCAGGAACAAGUAGGUAUCUUUUUGAUCAAUAAGGUUAGUGAACUCUUUGGAAGAGCUUCAGUCAAUUGGAACUCAGUUGCAAGAUCAAUGUGCAGGGUCAGUGCCAUCUUGUUAAGAGUAGCUUUGAAGACCCUACAACAAAGCAGCGAAUUAGAUGUGACACUCAAUGCUUUAAGUGGUUUGUUCAUGUCCGUCGAAAAGUUUCUUUCCGUCGACUCAGCUGUAUUGGUGGACGAUCAAGUGUUAGUGUUGGAUAGUCUUGAUUAUCUUAUCAGUUUGAAAUCCCGCAUGGAAGAUCGUGACAUUAUGAACAUGCUGAUUAGAUUUAUUGACUCCAUUGGUCUUCGUGGAAUGGGUGCUGAUGAGUUAAACUACGAUGGAACUGUCAAAAAAGCAACCAAAGAACACAAGAUCCCCAUCAGUAAGCUUCUUUUGGUUUUGCGUUUACUUAAUGGGCUGCUUAUGGAAAAUGACGAAGUGAGGCGUGUCAUGCUCGGGAAGUCAAUGCAAUGGGCUGUUGAUACAUUCCUUGGUCCUAUGGAUGUUGAAGCUACUAGGUUGGGCUGUAGUAUUCUUAAUAGAGUUUGCACGAUUUUAUGGGAGAAAUGUUUGCCUUUGGGUAAAGAUUUAGACUUGUGUUUUUCAUUGGCAAAAUUCUUACCAGCAAUGGCACGAACCUUUAUCAGGUACAAUAAGUUUACCCGAGGAAACAACUAUUUCAAACCAAAGCGUAUCCUCACGCAAUUGUUCCCAACUACCUAUCCAUUUAACUCUUUCACCAUUGAUCAAUCUGUGAAUGACGAGCUGUUGGUUGAAGUUUUGGUAGAAUUAGCUUCUUGUUUUUCAUUUAUGGCCAAAGUCGGUAAAACUGCAGCUGGAAACGAGGGAUAUGGACGCAUUUUGACUACCAAGAUUGAUGGCGAUGUAUUUGAUCCAAACAAAUAUUUGGCAGCUGACUUCCAUGGUGAGGAUCUCUUGACAAUUAUCUCAGGAAUCAGGUAUAUUAGAUUGGGAAAAUAUUUUCCUGAAGAUAAGUGGCUAUCAUUGUAUGCAAUUAUUGUCGAUGGGUCCAUGUGUGCUUUGGAAUUGGUAAGACCAUUGAUUGUUUCGUAUCAACUUCCACCAAUUGAAGAGUCGGAGCAUUUCGAUAGAGUAUUAUGGGGUAACUACUUGAAAGCAUUGUUGAAGUUAGCAGUUUUACCUCCAGUAGCUGUUGAGCACUUGUCGAAUGUCCCUAGUAAGGCAUGUUCUGAGAUCACGCGCGAUGUACGUGAUAGAGCAGCGUACUUGAUCAAUGAAGCGUGGGAUGCAUUGGCUUGGCAGGCUACAGAAUCUGACAUCAUAAGGUUCAAUUUGAAUAAAUUUGGAGGGUACCAAGUUGAGUUUAUCAAUGACAAAUUUAGUUUGAUUUCGGAAUUGAUGAUGUUUGGACUUCAGAGAAACGAUGAAUGUCAAUCCGUUGCUGUCAAAAUGGUUUGGACAAUCAUGGUGUCUGAAUUUAUAUUAAGUGGUGGAUUGCAUGAAAUUGAGAAACAAUGUCUUAUUGGUCUUUAUGAAGUGUACCAAAAGGCUUCCUACAAACCUUCCAAAGAGGAUCAGGACAACUUCGUCAACAGAAUGAAAGCAACUAUUAGAUUGGAUCGCGAGGAUGAGGCUUUUGGAAUCUUUAACGAAUUCAUUCAAAAUCUUACUGCUUUCUGUUCAACAUUGAACUAUUACAUUAGUGUUCCUGUUGCUCCCGAGUUUGACGAGGACAGAAGAUUCCACAACAUUAAGUUGAGAGCACAAAUUAAGGCAGCUGGUAAACCGGAGUACUUUAACUCCUUCAUUGGUACCAUGUAUGAUGAUUAUGUUCGCGCAAACGAUUUUGUGCAAGCAGCCUUGAGUUUAGAAUUGUUAGCAUCUACGUAUACAUGGGAUCACAAAGAAAUUGUUCCCGCCAGUUUUAGACCUAAAUUUCCACAACAGACCUCAUUCGAAAGAAAAGAACUUUUGUUCAAGAUGAUGGCUACCAACUUCAUUAAAGGCAAAAGUCUUGAAAAGGCUGCCGACACAUUUAACGAAUUGUUGGAUGCUUAUAACGAGCACACCUAUGAUUUGAAAAGUUUUGCCUAUGUUCAUAACAAAUUGGCCCAGCUCUACUUGGACUUGGAGUCCUCAGAUAAGUUGGAACCAUCAUAUUUCCGUGUUGAAGCAAUUGGUACUGGGUUUCCAUAUUACAUGAGGGUAAUUUCUCAAAUCUAUCAGGGUUUGCCUUUUGAACACAUUACUUCAAUUCAUGAGCGUUUGUUGAAGGUUUUUCCAGGUGCAAUUAUGAUUAAUGAUGAUGCAGAGGCACAGAAGUUGAAAGAGGAGAAUGUUACUGGAAGAUAUCUUUUGGUGAAGACGGUUGAACCGGUUUAUGAGUUUUCGGAUAAACUUUUCAAUACAUCAUUUGGUGUCAGACAGUAUGCAAGAAAUAAAAAUUUGAGAUUCUUUAGAAGCUUGACUAAAAUUCCAGGAUCCACCUCUGUGUUUGAUUUGUGGACAGACCAAACUACUUAUGAAUCUUGGUUAAGUUUCCCAACUUUAAUGAAUCGAAGCUUCAUCAAGACAUCAGAGACCAUUAGAUUGUCGCCAUUGGAUAACGCUAUUCAAACUAUUACCAAAAAGAAUGACGACUUGAUUUUAUUGGAGAAUUUGAUAAAUACUGCAAUCAAAGACAAAACUGAUUACCUGUCUCAUUUCAGCGACUUGUCCAGGCAAUUGAGUGGAACUGUGGAUGCCCCAGUCAAUGGUGGCAUUGGUCAGUACAGGUUGUUCUUCACUGAUCCAAGGUAUCAAGAUAAGGAAGAAAAUGUAAACAAGGCAGAGUUACUUGGCGAAGCUUUCAAGGAUAUGGCAAUCGUAUUGAGUCGUUGUUUGGCUCUUCAUGGCAAAUUGUGUCCUCCAUCGAUGAUUUCGUCUCAUGAGGCUUUGGUUGAGUUGUUUGAACAGAAUUUCAAGGAAGAGAUUGAAAGUUUGAAAUUGGGAGCUAAUCAGAGUGAAGUUGCAUCAUCCAAAGUGUCACUUUUCCAUAGCAAGAGAUCAGACGCUUCCACUUUUAAUGAUAGAUCCUCUUUCCACAGUUCAAAUCAGUAUCAACCAUCUUCAGCUAGUGCCUCAAUAGCUGGAGCAAGGUUGGAGAGAUCAAACACCCAAAAUUCUUCACACUCCAACAGGUCUGACAAUAAGUCUUCCCAUUCGUCUGGCUUUACUAGUGGAAUGGUAUCAACUGCCCAAAAUAGUGGGGCUUCAUUUUCUCAGUUUUCAGGUUUAACAGGAAGGAAAAGUGUAGCAUCCGGUUCAGCAUCCAACAGGAAUGCACCAAAAAAGGUUACUGCUCUCAACGGUAGGUGGUAA